CCUCCAGAUUUCGGCGAACACUUGGCUGGCCCGAAGCCGCACAUGCCGCGCUUCUCAGAGUGGGCAGAGCAGCAGCGGAAAGAGUCCGACAACGCUUUGAACAUAGCGGGCUUUUGCAUCGAUGCGGUGGCGCGCAGAGAGCUGCAGGCCUUUCAGGUCGACAACAGCGCCUUGUGCUCGCAAAGCUCGGGCCUGCGCUACCGCACGGCGGAGGGCGGGAAGAAUCCAGCGUUGAAGGUGGUGCCCUGGGGCAAAGUGGUUUGGGGAGUGCUGGACGACGCUGGAGAGUGGCUCAAAGUGAAGCCCGGGCGAUACUUGCCCGUCAGCGUGGACGGUGUGCAAGUGCUGAAAGCAGUGGAAGCCGAGCAGGUCUCAGAAGAGGAGGCCGCUGCCCCGGAGCCGCGGCUAGGCUCUUUGAAGGUUCCUGAGAAGUUUCGCCCUGCGCCGGAGCAGUCCGAUCUUUCAGAGCAGGGAUGCUGGUACAAGAUCUCCGCGGAGCGCGUCGUGCUGCGGGAGGGCCCGUCACUUGGCUCGGCUGCCAUCAGCUCUUUGCGACGAGGUGCAAGGCUGGAGCUGUUCGGCUGGGAUGACACAAGAAAGUGGCGUCGAUGCUUGGAGCCUAGGACAGCGCUGAGAGGCUGGGUGUUGUUGGAGCACCCGGACCUGGGGCCCUUGGUGUGCCCGCAGAACCCGAGCCUCGCCUGGCGGCCUCGGCCUUUGUGCGAUGCCGCAGCCGAGGGGCGCCUAGAGGACCUCAGGUGCUUCCUGCAAGAGGGCGGGGACCUGCAAGAAGCGCUGGUGCUGAGCGCGGCGAGCAAUCAACUGGCCUGCUUGGUGCGGCUGAUAGAGGCUGGCGCCGAUGCUGCGGAAGCCCUCAAGGAAUGCGUCCGGAGGGGGGAGGAGCUCGACGUGCAGUCCGCAGCCCUGCUGAGUGCGGCUGCGGGCAAGAGUGCCAAUCAGCCCGCGUUGCAGCUGGCGCUGAAGCGCCUUGCAGAGCCCGAGAGGAAGGUGGCCGAAGAUCAGCUGAAGCUGAAGUCAGGCGUCAUGAGCAAGGAGGCGCUCCUCGAAGCCCUGGAGGGUGAGGCUGCCACGGAGGCACCGGACUCGCCUUCGCCACGAGCGCAGGCGUUCGAAGCUGUGCCUCGAGGAGAGCUGUACGAGGUGGUCUACCAAGCGGUAUGGAUCCGCAAUGCGCCUGAUGGGAAGGGCCAGCAGAUCACAAAGCGCAUGUGCAAGGACCGUUUCCGAAUCCUGGGCUUCGAUGAGUCUGGGAACUGGGGCAAGCUGAAGGUGUUGCUGCGGGAGGGCGAAGCGGUCGGCUGGGUCAUGCUGCAGCACCCGGACUUGGGUGAGCUCAUCAGGAAGUGCGCUGACAACGACGAGCGCGGCGGUUUGCUUAAGCCGGAGGAGCUGUGA